AAGGAGGAGGAGGCCGGCGAGGAGGAGGAGGCCGGCCAGGAUGCGGGUGGCGGUGUCCGGCUGCUGCCACGGGGAGCUGGAGAAGAUGUACGAGACGCUGGCGCUGGCGGAGCGCCGGGGCCGCGGCCCGCUCGACCUGCUGCUGUGCUGCGGGGACUUCCAGGCCGUGCGCAACGAGGCCGACCUGCGCUGCAUGGCCGUGCCCGACAAGUACCGGCACCCCGGCGCCUUCCACAGGUAUUAUUCUGGAGAGAAGAAGGCCCCUGUUCUUACCAUCUUCAUUGGGGGAAAUCACGAAGCUUCGAAUCAUUUACAGGAACUGCCGUAUGGAGGUUGGGUGGCACCAAACAUAUAUUACCUAGGUUACGCCGGGGUCGUUAACUACCGUGGUGUGCGGAUUGGAGGGAUGUCUGGAAUCUUCAAAUCUCACGACUACCGAAAAGGUCAUUUUGAAUGUCCACCGUAUGAUCAGAAUUCUGUAAGAAGUGCUUAUCAUGUGAGGAAUAUCGAAGUCUUCAAACUAAAACAGCUGAAACAGCCAGUGGAUAUUUUCCUGUCCCAUGACUGGCCAAGAAGCAUAUAUCACUACGGCAACAAGAAGAAACUUCUUAAAACCAAAUCCUUCUUUCGUCAAGAAGUGGAAAGCAACACCCUUGGAAGCCCCGCGGCUUCAGAACUUCUGCAGUACCUGAAGCCUACCUAUUGGUUCUCUGCACACCUUCACGUGAAAUUUGCAGCUUUAAUGCAACACCAGGCCAGUGAUGGACAACUACCAAAAUCGACCAAAUUUUUGGCUUUGGACAAAUGUCUUCCGCACAGAGACUUUCUACAGAUAAUAGACAUCGAGCAUGAUUCCAGUGCACCCGACUACCUAGAAUAUGAUGUGGAAUGGCUUGCUAUCCUCAAAGCGACCAACAAUCUUAUUAAUGUAACUCAGGGCUUGUGGAAUAUGCCAGAAAACAACGGCCUCCAUACCAAGUGGGAUUACAGUGCCACAGAGGAAGCCAUGAAAGAAGUACUGGAAGAGCUGAACCAUAACCUCAAAAUUCCGGAAAACUUCAGCAUGACCGCCCCCUGUUACGACCCCAGCAAACCCCAGAGAAACCGAGAAUUGGUUCACAGGAUCAACCCGCAGACCACGGAAUUUUGCGCCCAGUUCGGCCUCAUCGAUAUUAACAGCAGGAUUCUCCAAGCGAAAGAGGACAGUUCGGUACCUGGAGAAAAUGAAGAGGAAGACGGCGAUAGUUCUGGGUCCGUAGAGGAACCGAGCGACUACAAUACAGACACUUCUGGACUUUCUUCUUCUGUUAACCCAGAUGAAAUCAUGCUGGAAGAAGACGACGGGGAGGAGGAGGAGGAAGAGGCGGGUGGCGAUGACGACCAAGUCAGCAUGCGUGGCGAACCGAAUGCUUCUUCAGUGGAGCCGGCGUCCCCCGACCACCCUCCCGAUUUUUCUGCCAGCUUUUCCGACAUCAGGAUCUUGCCCGAUUCCAUGACCGUAUCUUCUGAUGAUACAAUGGACUCUACCAAUGAUGAUCUGGAGAAAUCCACUGAGGCCAAGCAAUCAGAAGGGGACAAGAACUUGAAUGAGAAGUCCUUAAAGAGGCUGAGUGGCGAAAGCGAGAUGGGAAACAGCGCUGUAAAGAAAAUUAAGAGGAGAAACCAGGCCAUCUAUGCUGCAGCGGAAGAAGAUGAUGCAGAAUGAAAACGUGCAGAUGACUGGGUUUUUUUUUUUUUUUUUUUUUUUUAACCUGGAAUGAUUUGCGGUCUCUGCAGAGUUGUUUUACUUUGCUCUGUGGUGACCAGAUACCAUAUUUUAAAUUGUUUGAUUUUUGAACCCAGGCCUGGCAUAAGUGUUGGCAGUGGGUUUACCACAGGCAGUUUUAAAUGAGCUACCCUAUUUGAUUUGUAGCGUUUCUAUUUUUGUAAAACGUUCAGCUCUUCGACUGUGUAGCGGAGGAGGAUUUCAUUUAUUCAGCAGAUUGAUUUCUCCUUCGAGACAGAUGACGCCAGCUUUUGUAAGAAAGUUGGGAAGUUUACGACAGUACGAACUUUACCAAAACUCUGAUCACCGGAAUGCUACCUGGACAGUAUUAGAAUCAUGGAGAGAUAAUUCUGUCGUUUAACUCUGAGUUGGGACUUCAUACCAUUUCUGCUGAUGCUUUUUCAAAUUCAAAAUUCAGUUUAGUGUG